AAAAAUGGCCACCCUGGCAAACCUUCAUGUUAUGACGUGCCUCUGCAAAUAGCAGACUUUUUCUGCACUGACCUUGGAUAUUACUUUAGUUUUAAGUCUACAACAUUUAAGGAACUUUUCGAAAUUGUAUUAAUUUUACGAGCAUUAAGUUAAAUGCUAGUAUAGUGCGUUACCGUGUCCUUUCAAUACCAAGAACAGCAAAGUAAAUAGAUCUCUCUAAUUUUUGCAAGCAAUAGUAAGCUGCAUAGCAGUCAGUGUUGUCAUAAGUGUUUGUCAGCUGGAUUGUCAUAUCUUCUACAAAAUUUAUUUGGAUGGGGGGUUUCCCCUAUAAUUCGAAGUGGUGCCUCUUGGAAGUGCAUUUAUGAAAGAAAUGAAUACCAACGAGGUGACCUCUGGCUAUCUAGCCACUACAAAUUGUGAUUUUAACAAUGGAUGAAUUCCACCCUUUUAUUGAGGCCCUCUUGCCUCAUGUCAAGUCUUUCUCCUACACAUGGUUUAACCUCCAAGCUUCCAAAAGAAAAUACUUCAAGAAACAUGAAAAACGAAUGUCAAUGGAAGAGGAGAGAAGGGUUAAAGAAGAAUUACAGAAUGAAAAGGCAGAUGUAAAGCAAAAGUGGGCGUCACGACUUCUAGCAAAGCUGCGUAAAGACAUCACACAAGAAUGCAGGGAAGAUUUUGUGCUCAGCAUCACGAGAAAACGUUCACCUAUCUGUGUUUUAAGCAACCCAGAUCAAAAAGGAAAAAUGCGACGCAUAGAUUGUUUGCGGCAGGCGGAUAAAGUCUGGCGGCUUGAUUUGGUCAUGGUUAUACUGUUCAAGGCUAUUCCUUUGGAGUCAACGGAUGGAGAAAGGCUGGAGAAGUCUCCGGAUUGUUUACAUCCUAACCUGUGCGUGAAUCCACACCAUAUCAGUGUAUCAGUGCGGGAGUUGGAUCUUUAUUUGGCCAAUUUUAUACACAGUUAUGUGCCUGAUCUAAGGAGUGACUACAUUGACUUGUCCAUGAAUGGUGACCCUGAUAUGAAAGUUCCUGGCAACAUCCACUCAGGGGUAUCUGGCAAUGACAGCAUUAUGGCUACAGGGGUGUUCUCAGCCUCAGAAUUACUUCUUGUAACUAAAGCCUCCAUAAUGAUUUCUCCCAAUGGAAAUCACACCCUUCUCCCACAAGGGAGAUUAGAUUCCCCCAACUACUACAACUACAGCCCACAGGAUCAGCAUGGCUCCAUGCUACAGAUGCAUCCUGUGACCAUGACAAAUGGACAGUCCUCUCUCAGUCCUGCUGGAGACUCGUACAGUCAUCCUCACAAAAAAUUAAAGCGUAACCAUAUAAACUCUAUGUCAUCUGUGGAGGAUGAUGUGGAGAGUGUGGAAGGGGAGGAGAGCCUGAGUGGCUACUACACUAAAGGAAGUCUGGCACACCAGUCAUGGCAGGGGGAUCAUAUGGAACCAGGCUUAAGCCAAGGCUCCUCCAUGCACUCACCACACAUGAUGUUACCUGUCAAACCAAAGCAGGAGCCAGGCUUUGCACCAGUGUCACCAUCAGGUAUGGGGGGUCAACACUCACGCCCCAUGGCCCCUACCCCACCCCGGCCUAUGAGCACACACACGCCAGGGAUGAUGUCAGUUGGGCAUUCUCAACAACACACACCACCUGGCACGGGUUUAAGUCAUGUUAUGGCAAGCCAGCAUGGAAUUAAGUAUGAAGGCCAACAGAACAAUGACACUUUCUCUGACUUUGUGACAUUGGUAUGUCAAGAAGCACAGAAUUCUCAAAAUCAUUCAGGACAAAACUCACCACCUAUACGAAGUCCCAACAGGCUGACACAGUUCUUCUCUCCUGGGAUGUUGCCACCACCGCCCCCACCCCCUCCCAAUUUAGCCAGACCUGUAGCCAUCCUUCAAACCUCAGAUGGUCACAGCAUUAACCAGACAACUACAUCAGCAGGGAGUAACAGCAACCAGCACGGCUCUCAUGGAGGUGUGUCAAGUUCCCCCACAACCCCACCAGUCUUCACAUACCCUAGUAUUAGCCCAGUGAAUGCUAUAAGUGGGGUCAUCAGUCCAACAACUCUAAGUUUGAUAGCUUCACCCAUGGCAACACCUCGCACCACACCAAGGUCAACUCCUAUACCUAAAUGGAGCUCCAGUUUUCUUCCCAUGGAUGAAAACAUUGACUACUCUAUGUUGGCUAACAUUGUACCCACAGUCAGCACAGAUGAAGCUUUGCUUGGAGAAGGUAACUGUGUCUAUCGUUACUUCUCUGCUGUUCAUUCCAACGAAAGCUUGGAUUCUUCAAACGGUGCCUCCAACCAGGGCACCCAGACACAGCAGCACCCACAACAAGCACUGCCUCAACAACACCAGCAGCAACAACAAGGAAGCUCAGGUUUGCAUCAGCAGCAGCAGGCGCCACCUGGCACACCGCAGACCCCUGGCUCGGAUGGUUCUCCCAAGCACGUCUAGCACCACCAGACUUAGGGUCAGGGUUUCGCAGACACUCAGCUGUUCUAUGACUGGCAUAUUUUUUUCUCUCUCUCUCCCUGUUCACUUUUUUAACAUUGGUAAACCACGUAAGUGUUGACACAUUUUCCUCGUCACCAAGCCAGCUCUUGGUGUUGGAGGGCAUCUCAUAUUUAUUCUCUAACAUUUCCUCCCAAUGAUAAAAAAACAUACUUCACUGUCUGUCUGCGGCCAUGGUUGUCUUGCUGAUGCUUUGAUUAGUUGUUCAAUUUGUUGGCUGUGUCCUGCAACAAAUCCCCCAAAAAACUGAUGAGAACUUUGCCUGUAACAUUUGGCCUAUCUACCUCUGCCGCUGAGCAUGACCGCUCACGGUGAUUGUGACUGUUGAGGCUGUUGUUUGAUCUGAUUUAACCACUGAUAUUUAUUCUGUGAACAGCAAGCCUCUGUGAUUGAGCCCUACCCCCUUUCAGUUUAAGAUUCUCCUCUAAUGUUCUUCCCUAAUUCAUCACCCUUCUGCUUCGGCAAACAAAAAAAAAAUUCAUGCCAAUUAUGCACUAGACUUUAUGAGAAAAAAAAAUACUUGAUGCAAAUUAUAGCUCUGCAAUAUUGUUUCUUUUUUGGGAACUUUUCUAAACAUUACUUUUUAGUUAUUGUUUUAUAAAAUUUUCUUGGAUAUUUGUUUAAUGUUAUGCAAAUAUUUUUUUUUUAUGCCUGAUGUUACAGUAGUGUGAUCAGAAAGGAUUGUUCAGACUUUUUUCUUGUAUGUCAAAGCAGCAGUAGAUUGUAUCCUCAGUUUAGGUUCCACUGGGUCAUGGUUGCCUUACUUUGUUGUUAUUGAAGUACUUGAUUUCUGUUAGAUACCUGAACUGCUGGUUUUCUCCUGUGUUUUCCCACCUGAGGAGGGGAGGUGGUGAGUUGACCAACACUCGUUGGCAUCACUUGGCUGUUCAAGUCUUUCAUGCAGUAACAUUUAUAAUGUGGAUUUAACAUCUGGACUUAUAAAGACUUAAAACCAAAAUUUUCAUCUCAGUUAUGAAAUGGAAUAUUAUUUGUCAAACAAAUUUUCAUUCAAACUUUUUUUUUUUAAUUUUAAAAGUGAUACUCUUAAAGCUCAUUUAUUGUAGAAUUUCUUUGAGUUGUAUACAUACAAUUUUUAAAAAAUGUAUAACAAACUAUAAGUAUAGGUUGUACAUUUAUGGAUAAAAUCAACUUUCGAAAGGUAGUAUUUAUAUCUGAUAAUCCAGAUACUAAACUGUUUGCUUCCCUUUUUUGUGAUUGUUAAAUAUAUAAUGCUUUGUCUAACAGACUACUCUAGUUCACUUAUAAGCAAAGGUUAUUCUGAUAUUUUAGAGAAAAAAACACUGGUAAAAUAAAAAUAAUUUAUUCAUGUACAAAUUAGUAAGAAACUAUUUAUUUAUGUAUAAUUAAGUAUCUACUCUGGUUAUCUACCCUUCAUCAUGUUUUUUAUUAUAUAAAACCUUUUUCAGUAUUCAUGUUACACCAUUUUUACUAUUUAAAAAACUACUCAUUUAAUUGGUUGGUGUGUGCAUGUGUGUGUGUGAAACAAGCAAUGAAGUAGUGGAGUGUCUUAACUUUUUACAUGGAACAUGUGUCUUUCAAUUUUUUUCACUUGAUCAAAUGGGACUGUUUAACACUAGAGAAAUAUACAUUAGUUGCUUUUCUUUUUAGAUGCAAUUUUUUUUUUAUGUAAACAUUAGAUUAAUAUACAUGAAUAUGUUUUAGAUGAUUUUUAGCUUUAACACUUGUAUAUUUAUCUUGAAUCUUCCAAUAGAGAGGUACACCUUCUCUCACUCCCUUGGUUUAUCUCUUCAUCCCUCUCACCUUGUGUGUGUUAUAAUUUAAUAUAUUGUGUCAUAAAGAAAAUGUAACUCUUUCUCUCUUUGCUGUGGGCAGGCAAGCACACGUGGGUGCUUAUGGGCUGUGAUACAAAUGUAUUUUUUUUUUGUUUUAUCUAUUGAGAGCCUUCAAAUGAUAUUUAUUCUCUGUUAAUUUAUUUAACCUAGCCAACCAGAAUUAUUUCAAAUCAACAACUUCCAAUUUUCAUCUAAAAUGAUUGGGUUUUUUAAACAAAGUUAUUUAAUUUGUAAACUGUGUUGAUUGUACAUUUUUUUUGUGUGGUAUGUACACAUGACUUUUCUGUAGAUACAAAGUGGCCAGAUUAAUGUCAGCAAAUCUCGGUCAUAUUUAUGCAAGUCAAGGGCCUAAACUGAUGUAAAUAGAUAACAAUGUUAUAGUUUGUUAGAGUGGGUGCCUAGCUCUACUAUAAGCCCGUUGGUCUAAUUUAUUUCUCCCCCCCCCCCCCCCCCCCCUGUAGUUGUUGAUACAGUUCUCUAAGACUUGAGAGUUUGAUGGAUAGAAGAAAUUAAAUGUGAUCUGUACUUAAUCUUUUUACAUUGUGAAGAUUGACACUGUAGACUAGCAAUGUUACAAUGCUAGCAGUUUUUUUUUUUAAAUUCUUGGAACAAGCAAAACCAUUUCAUUUUUAUUUUAUCUAUGCAAGAUUUUAAGUAUACCAUUUUUUUUUUGUCUUGAUAAAAACUUCCUUGUAGCUGUGUAUUUUGUAGUUUAUUUAUUUGCCAGAACAAAUCUUAAGAAACAUCCCCCACCCCUCACAGAGUUGACCCAACAAAGCAACCUUGACAUGAAUGAGUUGCAUGUGUCAUAGUUCUAGCUGUUCUCACAGAAUGAACUUACCCCCUUGUAUGAUGAAACAUACGUUCAUUGAGAUGUUUUUUUGUUUGACAGUAUUGAUGUUGACUCAGCAGAAGUUUCUGACACAGAGGUUACGUAUACAUACGAGAGCUUUGUUCUAGUGGAAGAUUUGCCUCUUCUAUCUACCUCCCUUUAAUAUGUGCUAACAGAGGUCACAUCCACUGCUAGAGUUUUCUUCUACAUUUCAUGUUUGAAUAUUUUAAUCACUUCCAUUUGAAGACUGCUGUAGCAUAGAAUUUUUUUUUUUUUUAAAUCUGAUUUCUUUUCAGUGUUAAUAAACUGUACUAAGCAAUUCUAACCAACCCCCUGUGUAUAUGCCAGUACCAGUUGACCUAUAGUAUUAUCAUGUUGUUACACCUUUCUUGCAUUUGAACAUUUUUGUUUUGGUUACAUUUUGUUUUCUACGAUACCAAGAUGGUAGUUUGUGUACCGCUACCACCAGUGCUAGUUUGACGGGGGUCCUGAUCUCCUCAACACUUUGGUUGCCUUCUCAAUGUUUAUGCAUCACACCUAGACAGCAAGACAGUGUGUAGUGAGUUUUUUUCUUUGCCGUCCCACUGGGCAGCUUCAUGACUAGCAAACAAUCCAUCUAUGCAUUAAAAGGCAGUGGUUUGGUUGUUGUUUUUUUUUAAAAAUUAAUUUACUUGUCGAGUGAAACCUUUACUAGUUUGUCCUUGAGAAGUCUAAACUUAACAAUUUGAAAGAAAAAUUGGGGACAAGUUGAGCUGUAGGCUGUCGAUUAACUCAUUUGUAAAUGCUAUUCAGUUUGGUGCCGAAUAAUUCUCUUGAGGUGAAUAUAACUGUCGCUUACUUUUAUCAUUCUUGAUGCCUAGCCAAAUCAAAUCUUUUUGACUUAUGCAAGUAAUUUUGGCCUUAUUUAUGUCUUCAUCUUGUUGUCUAUAGCCUUGUUGAUGACUUGUUUCUGUACAGUAGUCCUGUAGAGGGAGGCUAGUUGUAGUAUCUGGUUAUGGUCCUUGUCUACUUGUGCAUGCAUACUGGCCCUUUGAUCUGGAAGGGAGAUCACUCUAAGCUACUGCUAGCUAAAAUAUCUUAUGUACCUUGUUGACAUUUAAGGGGAUAUGCUAUGUUUUUUUCUAUUUUUUACAGUCUAAGAUCUAAAGCCUUUUGAAUACUUUUAUCAUAUUUGGCAUAUAAAAGUAAGUAUUAAACAGCAAAAAAAAGGGUCGAAAACAAUUUUGGUUGUCAUGGAAACCCAAAAAACCUCCGCCAUUUUGAAUUUUUUGGUACUUUUAAAAAUACUAAGGCUUUUUUAUUUAUGCACCUAUAGCAAUCAAAUUUAAACUGCUUAUAUUUCAGUAUAUAUUAAAACUUUUGUCACGACAACUUUUUGAAAUAAUUACGAGUAAGAAUUUUACAAGGUCUAAAAAAUCGUACCCUUUUUAAUAUUCAAAAUUUGCAUAUUAAUUACCAAAUACUUUUUUUCUAUGAAAGCAAUCAUAAUUCCCUCGUGACAAAAAUUGUAUUUUUGCAUCAAGAACAAUUACUGAAAAUAUGGUUGGCAUUGUUUAAUAAAUAAAAACGUAGUAGGCUUUUUAGUGUUAAAAACAUGCGAACUGAGAAAAACAGCCAAAAGUAACGAAAACUAGGUCAGGAAAGUACCAUAUCUGUGUAAACUGCAAAGCCGAUUGUAAGGUUUGGGUGUUUCCGAGGUGUAAAAAAUUAAGUUUAUUAGACACAUGAGAAAUCAAGCUUUCCAAUGAUGUCAAAUACAAUAUAAUGACGGAUAUAGAACUUUUCAUAGAGAGCUUGUAAGAUUGGGAAAAAUUGAUUAUUUUUUAAUUAAUAGGUUCAUAAAAAUCGUAAUUCAAACACAUAAAAUAUUUUUUUCUCUUUAAAGUUAUUGUUCUCUUUUUACAAAAAUGGACAAAGUAUCCAAAAGUGCAAGAAACCCAUCAUGACGAAAAACAAGAAAUUUUGUGAUUUUUUCCCGCGCAUAUCCCCUUAAAUAGAACAGUUUUAAAUACAAGGGUUAAAAACUUUGUGGGAAUAAACUUAGCAGUUGCUGGUCUUUCCCUAAUAAAAAUACUUUAAAGUUACUUUUCUUUAGUUAAGAGUUUGGCCUCUAGGAAGACAAAUAAACAAUUGCUUUUAAAAUGGUUUAACAAAGAAAAGAAAUGUUAUGCAAACAAAUUGAUGUAUUGUUUACCUUUUUUAUUGUUCGAACUAUAUUAUAACAAAUAUUAGCGCUUCCUGUUUCCAUAUGGAUAGAUAAUUUGAAAGUAUCCAUAUGGAUAGAUAAUUUGAAAGUAUCCAUAUGGAUAGAUAAUUCAAAAGUUAAAACUAGGAAGAAGCUGUAGAUGGCUCUGUGAUUGUAAGCUCCACCACGUGGUCAGUUGCCAACAUAAGUCUUGUCUAACAUAUUUUGUAAUCUCAUGUACAUUUUUUUUUUAUUAUCUUAACUUAUUUGGAUGAUGUACAGCUUUACCUGCCCCCUCCCUGCCCCCCUCUAAUAAACAAAUGUGCCCCCGCAACCAUACCUUCAACCAUGUACAGAACUCUAACUGGCUGUGAUGCCCUUGUACAUAUGUUGUAUACAUUGUUGGUUUAUUUAUUCAUGUAUAGUCAGGCUUGUGUGUGCAUGUUCAUCCAUGAUAUGCUCAACAGUUUACAUUGAUUAGCUGUCACUUUUCUACAGCACCGCACCUACCUUUGGUUUUUUUUCUCUCUCGGAAUUGUUUUCUCUCCAUCAGACACUUUAGAGAAGGGAAAGGUCAAAAUGAAGUUGGGGCUGGAUUUCUGUGGUUAUUGGUGCAUUAAGUACCAUGUAGAGUUAUGUUGAAGACAGCUACACCAUUUGGGUAGAAGGCCAGAUAGGCCAAUGAAUCUUUGAUAUAAGCAAGCCAGUGGUUUGUGGAAUAAAACUUAGUAUUACUUAGAUUCAUGCUCAGAGAUUUAGUCAUAUUUUGUAAACAAUGACAGGUCAGGCCUGACAGCGAGUCAUGUGUGACAAUUGGCUGAUUAUGGAUGAAUACCACCUAGAGAUGGAUAGUAGACUAAGUCCCAUCAGGUGUUUUGUAGGCCAGUAGAGACAUGAUCUGGUGACUUUUUCAUCACCUGGUGACUUUUCAUCAUCUGGUGACUUGGUCAUUUGGUGACUUGUUCACCAUUUGGUGACUUGUUCACCAUUUGGUGACUUGUUCACCAUUUGGUGACUUGGUCAUUUGGUGACAUGUUUAUCAUUUGGUGAC